AAAAAGAAAGAAAAAAGAUAUAAUUUAUAAAAAAAUUUAUAUUUUAUACAUAUAUUUCAUGAUAAUCAUGCCCAUUUUAAGGUUAUUCUAAUUUUGAAAUUAUUUUAAAAUUUCAAUGAAUAUAAAAGAUUGACGUGUGUAUCAUAACUGUAGGUAUCAUACCUUACGUGUUAUUUUAAAAAUUAUUUUUUAAUCUCAAUAAUGGAUGAAAUUGAUGGAUUGCGACAAAAAAUUAAAGAACUCGAAAACAAAUUGCUUAAAGAACAACAUAAAAAUAUGUUUACAACAAGAGAAAAAAUAGAACAUAUGUCAAGUGAAGUGAAUGAUUCAAAUCCAUAUAGUCGUUUGAUGGCAUUAAAACGUAUGGGUAUAGUGAAUAAUUAUGAAAGUAUAAAAGAAUUAACAAUUGCUAUAGUUGGAAUAGGUGGAAUUGGUAGUGUAACUGCAGAAAUGCUAACAAGAUGUGGAAUUGGCAAGUUGAUUCUUUUUGAUUAUGAUAAAGUGGAAAUGGCAAACAUGAAUAGACUUUUCUUUCAACCUUAUCAAGCUGGUCAAAAUAAAGUAGAAGCAGCAUCAACGACAUUACAAUAUAUUAAUCCAGAUGUAGAAAUUGAAACUCAUAAUUACAAUAUUACUACGAUGGAUCAUUUUGAAGAUUUCAUGAAUGUCAUAAGCACAGCAAGUUUAAAAAAGGGUCCAGUAGAUUUAGUUUUAAGUUGUGUAGACAAUUUUGAAGCGCGAAUGGCAAUUAAUACUGCUUGCAAUGAACUUAAUCAAAAAUGGUUUGAAAGUGGAGUUUCUGAAAAUGCAGUUUCUGGGCAUAUCCAAUUUAUUGUUCCUGGAGAAACAGCAUGUUUUGCGUGUGCUCCUCCAUUGGUAGUAGCAGAAAAUAUAGAUGAAAAAACAUUAAAACGAGAUGGCGUUUGUGCAGCAUCUUUACCAACAACAAUGGGAAUUGUUGCAGGUUUCUUAGUUCAAAAUGCACUUAAAUACCUUUUAAACUUUGGUGAUGUUUCUUAUUAUUUAGGUUAUAAUGCUAUGCAAGAUUUCUUUCCUAAAAUGAUAUUAAAACCAAAUCCAAAUUGCGAAGAUAAUUAUUGUAGAAAACAUCAGGAAGAAUAUAGAUUGAGACCAAAACCAGAACAUAAAAUAAAAGAGAUAGUUGAAGAUACGCCUUUACAUGAAGAUAACGAAUGGGGAAUUUCUCUUAUCGAUGAACGAGAUCAAGAACAAGUAGACGAAAAUAAAUAUUUAUCGUCAGUAAAUGUAAAAGAAACAAACUGUGAUUCUCAUUCAAUUGAUUCGCAAAUCAAUCAAAUUUCGUCCGAAUCUAAUAUUAGCUUAGAAGAAUUAAUGGCACAAAUGAAAUCUAUUUAA